UACGUAAUCAGCGAGCUGUAGUCCUCGCUCCCCACUCCCCGCAGCCAACGCCGUUCCAGUCGUCACCACUGUGUCCCCUAUGAAUAUAAUUGAAACACUGUUUGGUAGGACCAUUACACCUGCUGAGCGACUUCGCCAGCACCAGCGGGCCCUUACAAAGGCCCAACGAGAGCUUGACCGAGAACGAGGGAAACUCGAGCAAAGUGAGAAGAAGCUAGUUGGAGAUAUCAAGAGAAGCGCAAAGGCAGGCCAAAUGAACGCGUGUAAAGUCAUGGCUAAGGACCUUGUCCGUACUCGGCGAUAUGUUCAGAAAUUCUAUCAGAUGAGGACACAACUGCAAGCCGUUAGCCUGCGGAUACAGACCCUCAGAAGUAAUCAACAGAUGGCAGAAGCCAUGCGAGGUGCAACACGGGCCAUGGCAUCCAUGAAUCGGGGUCUCAAUUUACCUGCAAUACAAAAGAUCAUGAAUGACUUUGAGAAGGAGAGUUCAAUGAUGGAUAUGAAAGAAGAGAUGAUGUCAGAUGCUGUGGACGAUGUCAUGGAUGAUGAACUUGAAGAUGAAGAGGAGGAAGGGGAUAAGAUCUUAAAGCAAGUUCUAGACGAGAUAGGUGUCGACCUUUCUCAGCAGCUUACCGAAGCUCCUGUAGGCUUAGGAGCAAUUUCCUCCCAAGCGACCGAAAGUCGGAGGGCGGUUGCUAUUGGGGAGUCUGCUGCACCACCACCACCACAUGGCGACGAAGGUAUAUCUGACGAAGACGCCCUCCAAGCCCGCCUGGAUGCUUUACGGCGAGGAUGACGAUUUGAUGACCCAUCACAUAUGUUGUGCGACAGCGAUACAUCAUCCUAUAUCUUGAGACCCACUAUGCUCUUGGCUUCCUGGAUACUUAAUCUCCAGGGGACCCCUGACCCAUUGUAGAACGCUUCCACAUCUUCACCCUAG